GACUUUAAAAAAUAGGGUUAUGUUAUUGUUUUUCUUAUGAGAAUGCUCUGAAUUUAUGAAUAAGGAUUUUGGGGUGCAAACCCUUGCAAAGUGCCCCCAGAGUGAUGGCUAUCGUGCCAAAACAGUGUUUAUCAAGUGUUUUUGUGAGAAACAUGGUGUUUCCUUACCUGAGAGUGUGGAAAUCAUCAAAUAUCGACAGCAUAGAUUGCUUCACAAAUGAACUUGUAGAAAAGCAGAGUUCCCAAUGGAAAAUCCAAGUGGAAAAGCGUCUUCAAGAAGAAAUGAAGUUUAUGAAGAACCACCAAAGAAUAACUGUUGAGAAAGCAAGGAGAAAGUUGGAAACUCACCUUGAAAUUGACGUCCGGAACUUGGAUGAAUGCCAAUUGAGGCACCUCUGUGCAAUUGCAAUGGAACAGCAAAAUUCCAAAGAGUUAAGUUUUCUACUUGGAGAAUCCACAAAGUGGAGGAGCAAUCUAUCUGAAGAGACACUCAUUCAUGUCCUGGAAUUUGCUGCUGAAUCUGCCAAUAGAGAUGUAAUGGAAGACUUGAGGGAAUUCUGCAGAAAAAUACAACCAGAAUUUUUGCUGAAGAAACAAGACUUUGUUCUCAGUGAAAUUCGCAUACUGUGGAAGGAAGGAAAUAUUUAUAAAGCACUGGAUAUGAUUAGAGAUGUAUAUCAAAAGUUAUUACCUGAAAAUUUGCCGGAAGCUCAUAGAAUUCUCAGAAUUUUCGCUAAAGAAACAGUCGGUCAGAAAAGUGAAGGCGUUCUUGUGGCCCUUAUCAAAGUUGCCGAUGACAUUUCCACACGUUCCGGAGAUAAUUUUGCCUUAGGGAUUCUCUGGCGAGAUUGCUUCUUCAGCCACUGGUUUAGUGAUCAGAAAAUUGCUCUAGAACUCUUCCGCAAUCACUCUGCAGUUCGGGAAUUUGUUCGGAAACAAGUCAAAACAAUAGUUUUCCGGUUGCUCCUGAAACAUCGAUUGGAAACGGUUUAUCGUCUUAUUGAGUUGUUAUUGGAUCCAGCUGUAGACAUGAAACCUUCUUGUAAGGAUGUCUUCAUGCUCUUAUUCGACUAUCAAUAUUGGCGGCAUAACUCGGCCGGUUGCUCAGAAAUUCUUCAAUCCUCGGUGAAUUUAGGGAUUCCUCUGGAUUCUGAGUAUGAAAGAAAGUUAGUUGUCCUACUGUUGAAGCCUCGAACAAUUAUUACAUCGAGGAAUAAGGCUGUACCAGUUGUUAAAUACAGAUUUUAGUUAAUUAUUCUUAAAAA